UUUCCCUAUCACACUCCUCUCGCGAGAUCACACACGUCAGUAUGGCGGUGCUCCUUGAAACGACGCUGGGCGAUAUUGUGAUUGAUUUAUUUACUGAAGAAAGGCCUAAAACUUGCCUAAACUUUCUGAAACUAUGCAAGAUAAAAUACUACAACUACUGCCUCAUCCACAAUGUUCAGAGAGACUUCAUCAUGCAGACCGGAGAUCCCACCGGGACCGGCCGCGGUGGAGAGUCAAUCUACAGCAAACUAUACGGGGACCAGGCCCGCUUUUUUGAAGCAGAGAAAACACCACGCAUCAAACACAGAAAGAAAGGGACGGUAUCUAUGGUGAACAACGGGAGCGACCAGCAUGGUUCUCAGUUCCUUAUUACAGCUGGCGAGAACCUUGAUUACCUGGAUGGAGUCCACACCGUGUUUGGAGAAGUGACAGAAGGCAUGGACGUGUUGGCCAAAAUCAAUGAGACCUUUGUUGACAAGGACUUUGUUCCAUUUCAGGAUAUCAGGAUAAACCACACAGUGAUCCUGGAAGACCCAUAUGAUGAUCCUCCUGAUCUGCCAGUGCCAGAUCGAUCCCCCGAGCCCACCAAAGAGCAGCUGGAUAGCGGCCGGAUCGGAGCGGAUGAAGUAAUAGACGAUACAGAUGGGAAGGGAGCUGAGGAGCUGGAGGAGAGGCUGAAGGAGAAAGAGGCCAAGACUCAGGCCAUCCUGCUGGAGAUGGUGGGUGACCUCCCCGACGCAGACGUUAAGCCUCCGGAGAACGUGCUGUUUGUGUGCAAACUGAACCCGGUGACCACAGACGAGGACCUGGAAAUCAUCUUUUCCCGCUUCGGGACCAUAAAAAGCUGUGAGAUCAUCAGAGACUGGAAAACUGGAGAUUCCCUCUGUUAUGCUUUUAUUGAGUUUGAUAAGCAAGAAGAUUGUGAAAAAGCCUACUUCAAAAUGGACAACGUGCUCAUUGAUGAUCGACGUAUUCAUGUAGACUUCAGCCAGUCAGUCGCUAAGAUCAAAUGGAAAGGGAAAGGUGGGAAGUAUACUAAAGAUGACUUCAAAGCCUACGAAAAGGACGUGGAGAACCGAUCGAAACUGACUCUCAAGGAUCAAGUGAAGCCUAAACAAGAUUCCAAGUAUGACCUGCUGCUGGAGGAGGAAGAGGAGGCGACGGGCCGUCGGCAUUCUGAGAAGAAACACAAAGAGAAGAGACAUCAUCAUUAUUCAGACGACGAAGACAGCAGGAAGUCCAAAAAGCACAAGGUUAGUGAGGAGAGCCGGCGAGAUAGAAAGACAGGCCGCCAGCGCUCUCGAUCCCGCUCACGUUCCCGCUCCAGAGACCGGGAUCACAAGCAUAACAAGUCCCGUGUCAAACAUGGGAAAGAGGGACGCGACAAAGGCCACAGCCACAAGGACAGGAGCUGCAGUCGCUCCCCCAAGAAGUCCAAGGACAAAGAGAGGAAUAGAUACAGAUGAGGGAGAGCAGGGAAGAAGGUUCACCUGAACUUUAUCUUUCUGUGACCGGAGCUCCUGAACUGUGUUCAGCAUGAAUUAAUGUUAUCUAAAAUAUUCACUACUGGCUUCCUUUUAAGAUUGCUUGACCUUGACUUUUAGAAAUGAUUCAGUUCUUUAUCAGGUCCUUGUCCCUUUGUCUUGAAGAACAAAAAUGGUUUAAAAAAUUCUGUUUUAUAUGUGUAUUAAAAAAUUCCAUCAUAAUGUGA